AAAAACAAACACAAAAUGCGGUUGUUACGCAGUUCCAAGUUUUUUGUUCCUCAGGCUCGAAAUUCCUCGACGCAGGCUGGACGACGACGCGUAGUGAUCACUGGAAGCGGUGCCGUAACGCCGUUGGGAAACAAUGCGCAGGACUCGUGGCGGCGGGUGUUGGCCGGCGAGUCGGCAAUCUCAAAACUGGGGCCGGAGUUCAAGGGAUUGCCGUGCCAGGUUGCCGCACAAAUUUCAAGGGAAAACUUGCAGUUGGAAACGCAUCUGAGCAAAACAGACAUCAAACUGAUGAGCCCUGCCACACAACUGGCUGUGCUGGCAGCAGAGGAAGCCCUGGCCUCGGGGAAUCUCAAACCGAAGGAGCUCAGUGAGGAGCAGCGGGAGCGCUUCGGUGUUUGUGUCGGAAUGGGAAUGUUCGAUCUGGCGGAGGUUUACAGCACCUGGAACCAGCUACAGCGUGGCUACAAUCGAGUCAGUCCCUUCUUUGUGCCAAGACUGCUGCCCAGCAUGGCAUGCGGCCACAUCAGCAUGCGGCACGGUCUACGAGGUCCCAACCACUCCGUUUCAACAGCUUGCGCCACUGGAGCCCAUGCCCUGGGUGAUGCCAUGCGGUUUAUUCGCAGCGGCGAUGCGGAUGUGAUGCUGGCGGGUAGCGGGGAGGCAUGUAUUGACCCACUGUCAAUAGCUGGCUUCUGCAGAUUACGGGCCCUCAGUACCGCAUUUAAUGAUAACCCAGCCGUGGCCUCGCGACCUUUUGACAAGGCGCGUGAUGGCUUUGUGAUGGGCGAAGGAGCAGCUGUGCUGCUGCUGGAGGAACUCGAGCACGCACGCGCCCGCGGUGCCCCCAUUCUGGCGGAGUUGCUGGGCUAUGGCCUCUCAGGCGAUGCACACCACAUCACGUCCCCCAGCGAGGAUGGGGCUGGAGCCACACUGGCCAUGCAACGAGCCCUCAAGGACGCCGGUGUCAGCCCUAAGGAGAUCAGCUACGUGAACGCCCACGCUACAUCCACGCCCACUGGUGAUCGCAUCGAAUCGUAUGCUAUUAGUCGAGUGUUCGGCGAACACACGCCCCAGGUCCAAGUAUCCUCGACAAAGGGAGCCCACGGACACCUGCUGGGCUCCUCUGGCAACCUGGAGGCGCUCUUCGUGGUGCACGCCUGCGCGGAGAAUACCCUGCCGCCUUCCAUAAACAUCGAGCAGCUGGAUGUGAACGUGAAUGUUGUGACUAAAGCUUGCGAAUGGUCCCAGGGACAGGGAAGGCGCGUGGCUCUGAAGAAUUCCUUUGGCUUUGGCGGCACCAAUGCCUCCCUAUGCAUUGCCAGCUACUCCGAAGAGUAGAGCGGGGCUGUGCAAUUGUUACAUUAAUGUUGUUUUAUAUUGUUAACCACGGAAAUAAAAACCCUGAAUUUUUUCAUAUUUUUAGGAAAAAUGUUAA